ACCAUGGCGACUGGACAGAAGUUGAUGAGAGCGAUUGGAGUUUUUGAAUUUGGUGGCCCAGAAGUGCUGAAACUCCAGUCGGAUAUUGCAGUACCAAUUCCAAAAGACCAUCAGGUUGUGAUCAAAGUCCAUGCAUGUGGUGUAAACCCAGUGGAAACAUAUAUUCGUUCUGGUACUUACAGCAGAAAACCACUCUUACCCUAUACUCCUGGUUCAGAUGUGGCUGGCAUAAUAGAAGCCGUUGGAGAUAAUGUACCAACUUUCAAGAAAGGUGACAGAGUUUUCACUACCAGCACCAUCUCUGGGGGCUCCGCCGAGUAUGCUCUCGCAGCAGAUGACAGUGUUUACACACUGCCAGAAAAACUGGACUUUCAGCAAGGAGCUGCCAUCGGUAUUCCAUAUUUUACUGCUUAUCGAGCUCUGCUCCACAGUGCCCGUGUGAAAGCUGGAGAAAGUGUGCUGGUUCAUGGGGCUAGCGGAGGAGUUGGACUAGCAGCAUGCCAAAUUGCCAGAGCUUAUGGCUUAAAGGUUUUGGGCACAGCCAGUACUGAGGAAGGACAAAACAUUGUUUUGCAAAAUGGAGCCCACGAAGUGUUCAAUCACAGAGAACUUAAUUAUACUGAUAAAAUUAAGAAAUCUGUUGGUGAAAAAGAAAUUGAUGUGAUCAUUGAAAUGUUAGCUAAUGUAAAUCUUAGUAAUGAUUUGAAUCUUCUGUCAUAUGGAGGAUGAGUAAUAAUUGUUGGCAGCAGAGGUCCUAUUGAAAUAAACCCACGGGACACCAUGGCAAAGGAAUCUAGUAUAACUGGAGUUGCUUUCUAUUCAUCAACUAAGGAGGAAUUUAGGCAAUUUGCAGCCGCCCUUCAAGCUGGAAUGGAAAUUGGUUGGUUGAGACCUGUAACAGGUUCUCGGUAUUCACAGGAGAAGGUGGCCCAGGCUCACGAAAAUAUCAUCCAUAACAGUGGGGCUAGUGGGAAAAUGAUUCUUCUCUUAGAAUGAUUAAUUCUUUCAUGUAUUUCCUAUGCAAUUAGAGGUUUCCUGUCCCAGUUUUACUUACACUACCUUUGCUCU